AUGGAGAAAGCCUUCGUGCCCGUGCCCAACUUCACCUCCAUUCACCCUCUGCGCCGCUUCGAUUUCCAGUCGCCACGUUGCAGCCCCAGCCGCCAGUCUAUCGUCGCAUGUUCGCGCCGCCCUAGCCCGCCGCCACAGCCGGCAAAUCCCUCGCUCGUCAAAGACACCCGACCAAACACAAAUCAACACACCGCUGGUGAACAAGCAGGGGUCAACUCUCGGUCUACAUAUCGACCUCGCGCGAAUGCGCCUCCGCGCAAUUUGCAAACGCGGAAUCAAACGUCAAGAAAUCGAGACAACCACGGAGAGCGAGGGGAGGAGCCUUCGCGCUCUGCCCAUCGCCCUCGACCGAAUAGCCGGCCGGGUAAUUUACAGGUACGAAAUCAAACGCCGAGAAGCCAACCGAAGCGGAACGCGCCACCCCGGGAUUUGACGCCUGACUCCCAUCCUCCGCGAGAAGGAAGAGGGGCUCGGGCGCCUCCGCACGCCAGGAAUCAAGCCCCAAGAGGACGUGCAAAUCGAAAUAAAUCGGAGCAUCCUCGGUCUAGUUCGCCUGAACUUCAAGGCACCGACCCUCGCACAACCUCGCAGACGACAACAACUCCAUCCGCAAGGCGACAGCCAAACAAACCCCCAUCUGGCGAUCCCAAACCCAGGUUAGGCGAUUCUCAUAAAACAACACGCCGGACACCCCCACAAGGGAGAGUGCCCCCGACAAAGAAAAGAGGCAAGCAUCCAAACCGUGCCAGAUCGGAAGAUCCGACCCCCCAGUCCCCCCGUCUACAAGACAACGUGCGCCGCGGUCGCGGAGGCCCAGCCGAGAUGGUGCGAAAAGCGCUGCGCUCGCGACGCGACACCCUGAUACUUGGCCCCGGCCUACCCGGCAAGCUCUCCGCCGCGCUCUCCGCGCGAGAGCUGUCCGAGCACGCGCUCGUCUUGGCGGCAACUCGGUCGGAGGCGCGCCGAGCUGCCGCCGAAAUUUCGAUGGACGCAAGGGGGAGCGCCGUGAUCCUUGCGGCAGGGGGAGGUGGCGAUUCAUGGGGACACCCAGCUAUGAACGCCAACUCAGCGCUCAAGUCCGUCGUUGUAGUUGCCACGCCAAGAGCACUUGCGGCCGACUUUUGUAACUCAGCUCAUGGUCGGCCGUGGCUGGGGCGGGUCCGGUUUCUGGUUGUGUCGGAUCCGGAUAGGAUUCUGGGUACGGGAUGUGAGAAGGAGCUGAGAAAGGUAUUUAAGGUACUGAGGAUCAGUGAUCAUCGGAAGAAUGUUGUGAUUUCGCUUCGUAAACCGGAAGGUGAGACGGAGAAGAUGGUUAAUAUGGUGCUGCGAGGUGCUGAAAAAGUAGACACUAUUGAGUGGGGAGUAGCGUCUUCACCUGUGCAGCUAUUGCAGAAGGAAGAGCUGGAAAGUACUGUUAAGACAAGUCAUUGCAAGCAAUUUUGCAUAUCGUCAAACGCGGGUGGACAGUGUGCAAGCUUAGCAGCCGCGCUUCAGGUACACAAAGAAAGAGAAGGGAAGCAUAAGAUGAUUGUAUUUUUCCCGACGGCACGACUUGCGCAAUACUACGCUCUUGUGUUCAAUGGCAGCGGUUUCGACAUUCUCGACAUCCACGGGAGGACCCCGCCGUCAAAGAAAAAUUCUUUCCUGGAUACGUUUUACGGCGAAGACAAAGCCGUGGUCUUCUCCUCUGAUACCCUUGCCCGUGAGACAUUGCUCCCUCCCAUUGAUACCGUCUUGCAAGUAGGUUUACCUGGUAGCACAGAACAGUAUCUACGCCGGAUUGCGCUAGUCGACAACUCUGGAGAAGGUCACUGUUCCAAGCUGUUCCUGUUGGAGGAUGAGACUGCCGAGGCCAUGAGAAUGGUUGGAGAUAUGCUGGAAGUUGAAAAUUUAGAGCAUUCUGCAACUGGCGAGUGGGCAGACAAGGUGAAGAAUGUGCAAGCAGAAGCUAAAAUUAGGGCAUAUCAGUCUUGGCUAACAUAUUACAGAAUUUCCAGGCGGAGGAUUGGAUGGGACCGCUUGGGACUAGUGAAACAAGCGAACGCUUGGGCUUUGGAAACGCUUGGAGAAAUUCCAGCUCUUGACAAAAAGACUAUCGACAAGUUGUUUCUCCGUGGCAUUGAGGGACUGCGACAAGCAGCACCGCGAGAUGCAGCUAAUUAAGGCGACGUCGGCCGGUGUCUUGCCCCAUCUAACUAGCACUUUGCCUCGAAAGUGGCGCCGAGCAGGCGCGAUCUGCAGAGCUUCAUAUUGGCCUUCGACAGAUUUUGAUGAAGAUUUGGAUAGUGGCGUCCCAAGAGCACGCGCAGUGAACAUGUCGUCCAACCGAUGUUUUAAGACCCACCCACGACCAGCUCCCCGCUUUAACUAUGAGUUUUGUUGUCACCACACCAAGAGCAAAGACAGCUUCGUAUCCCGAACGAUGCCAGGCCUUCUUUCGCGUCAAGAUAUUUUCGGAUAUGUAGUUAAUCGUCAUUGGAGAAAGAAAAAAAAACUCCUGCUGUGAUGUGAUACCCCUGUGCAUCAAGGUGCGCGAAAGAACUGUAAUAAGGCUCCAGGAGAAAGUCGAUGCGAUGACUUGAUCCUUUGGAUGCGCUGAACGUCUGUGCUGCGCAGUUCAACAGCCUGAAAUUAUCUCCAAUGAAAGUACUGUAAUUACGAAAUUCAUCUCAGACAGGUUAGUUUUGGAUGGAAAGUUGGCCAUCCCCAAUCUCACGAACCACAGGUCGGUACGCAUAAGGAUUGUUCUUAAUGAAAUGUCGGUCCAAGGCUCGCAAGUGCAUCACGCAUCCGCACUCCACCGCCUUCUUUUCUCCAUCUCGUCACUUCCAUUGACUCAGCUAGGGAAGACUGAAAGGAGAACGACUAUUGCAAUAGCGAGGUGGUAUGGAAUCUUCCGAAACGCUUCCAGUCGACUUCCUCAACAGAUAUGGGUUGUGGGCGGUCAUAACCGGCGCUUCCUCCGGGAUUGGUGCCGAGUUUGCGCAACAGCUCGCUGCCGCCGGACUCUCCCUCAUCCUGGUGGCUCGACGAGUGGACCGUUUAGAAGCGACAGCACGGACGCUAAUGGAGCAGUACCCUAUCCAGGUGAAAUCUAUUCAGGCGGAUCUAUCGACAGAGGCGGGAGUGAGGUCUGUGAUUUGUGAGACGGAAGAUCUGCAUGUAGGGCUUCUGGUGAACAAUGCAGGGGUGGCGAUGAACGGGUCAUUUUUCCGCACCACGGAGGAACGAAAUUUGGCGGUGACGGCGGUUAACGUGACUGCAGUGACGCUUCUUACGCACGCAUUUGGUCUGAAAAUGGGACGGAACAAAAGAGGCGGGAUGAUAUUCGUGAGCUCAGUAGUCGCCGGUGGCGUGCCAUGGUCUGCAACGUAUUCCAGCUCGAAGACAUACGUGAGUACAUUCGCGUCCGUUAUCCGGUAUGAGUUGCAGCCGAGGGGGGUAGACGUGCUAUGUUUGGAGCCUGGACGGGUAGAUACGGAGAUGGUUGAAGAUGCGAUGGUCGACUUGGACAUGGAUAAGCUGGGGAUUCCUGGGAUGACUGCGAAGGUAUGCGUCCGGGAAACUUUACAAGGCCUUUACAACGGAAAGGAAAGAAUUACGCCAGGCUUGUGGAACAAGGCUACGGUGGGUGUGCUGCGUUUUUUACCGCGGUGGCUGCUUUGGUUUCUGAUUAACGUGGCGUCGAGGCUAGCAGCGAAGACAAAUUAUUUGGAGUUUCCGGAUGAAUAGGGAAGCCACGCGAAGUGCACUACUGUAGGAUAGAGAAUUCUACACUGUUGUGUGGGAGCUCAGUAACAUUUGUCCAUGUAAAGAGGAAAGUAUAUACUGUACA